GUAGAUUCCAGCUUUCCAUUUCUCUCUUAUAUCUGUGUGCAAAUAACAACUUUUGGAAUUAAAAGGACAUAGAGGUAUUUAAUAUCAGAGCGGACUGGAUAGGGAGCGUCUGAUCGGUAAUAGCGGCCUGGCUUCCUGGUUGCAGAGUUUGUGAGAGAAUAAAAGAGAGGGAGAUGUUGUUAUUUGUGCUGAAUGGGAAUGCUCGGGUUACACAGGUACUCCCCUGCACUAACCUUGUCUGACAGGACAGGCAUCUUUCCCACAGGAUACCAGCACUUCCCACCCGCCUUAAUAUGUUAUCCAUGUAACCAAGCACUCUCAUUCUCUUGGGAAUUUGGACUUUAUAACAUCAGGCCUCCAAAGAAAAUAUAUAAACUCAGUGUGCAGAAUGGAUGCCUCGGAAGGGAGCGGAGUCAUGGGGCAGCCCCCAGAAAUGUGCACUUCAAACCCAUACAUGAGCGACUUUGUUUCUGACUGGUCUCCAAUACACGAUGCAUCUCUACACGGGCGCCUGUUGGCACUAAACAAACUCAUCAACCAGGGCUACAGUGUAAACCAAAUGACUGCAGAUCGCAUGUCCCCACUUCAUGAAGCUUGCCUAGGGGGCCACCCUGCCUGUGUCAGUCUCUUAUUGAAACAUGGAGCUCAGGUUAAUACAUUGGAUAUUGAUUGGAAAACCCCAAUAUUUAAUGCAUGUAUCAGUGGCAACGUGGACUGUGUAAAUUUACUGCUGCAAAAUGGUGCCAGCCCCCAUCCAGCAUGCGAGGUGGCGUCUCCAAUCCAUGAAGCAUGUAAACGAGGACAUACAGCAUGUGUGGAGACUCUCUCAUCGGCUGGAGUGAGUGUACAGCAAUAUAUCAAACAUCUGGGCUCUCCUCUUUACGUUGCCUGUGAGAACCAAAGGGUUGACACUGCCAAAAAGCUACUUGAAUUUGGGGCAAAUGCAAAUGUUGGGAAAGAUCUGGAGUCGCCUUUACAUGCCGCUGCAAGAACCGGGAAUAGUGACUUGGUGAAGUUGCUUAUUGACUAUGACGGGAGUGCGCAGUGCAGGAACGCUGAAGGGAAACGCCCGACGGAUUUGGUCCCACCACACUGUGAUUUAAAACAAGUUUUUCUGAAGCAAGAAGGCCCCGUGAGUUUGAUGCAGACAUGUCGCCUCUGCAUUAGGAAUUGCUUUGAGGAAAAACAACACUACAAAAUAUGCCAUCUCCAGCUUCCAGAUACCCUGAAACAUUUCUUAUUAUACAGAUAAUAUAGACCUAUUUAUUUGAUUGUAUAGCUAAUAAAAUGUUAUCUUUUUUUAUUUAAAAAAAAAAAAAAGUUUUGGCAUGGACUAUAACUGAAUGGAAUACUCGAAUGGUCCUUUGUUUACAUUAUAUACAGUAAAUAUAAUCCCUAACUUGUGAUGAAGAGGUUAAGUGGUUUCUGUCAGUACAACCUCCCCAUGGGAACACAACUGCUAUCCCCCAUAACUAGUUCUGCCAUCCACUGGUGUGAGCCAAAAUGGCCUAAUGAAUAUUAUUCAAUGCAUUCAACUCAUAGUCAUUUGUUUCUGCAGUUCCGAUUAUAAACUGAAGUGAUGAGCGAAUCUGUCUCGUUCAAUUUGGUGAAAAAUAUUCGCAAAACUGUGAAAAAUUCCCAAAACACAUUGAAGUCAAUAGGUGAUUUUUUUUUACAGACAUUUUUUAUGCGCAAUUUUUUUCUUUUUUCUUACUUCAAAUGCAACUUUUUUGUCU